CGUGAUCAGGGCGUGCGUAGAGAAGUGAAAGUAACACGAUUGGUUCUGCUGGUUCCUAAACACAGAAGACAUCUACAGUCAGUUUCCGUCAAGCAGCAGCUCGUUAUAGACGCAAAGGCGAAACAAACCCCUGUUUUGAGAACAUAGCGCACCUGCAAAUAAUGGGAAGGGGUGUUGUGCGCUUCUAUACCGCUGUCAGCUGUGUGUUUGUCGCUCAGGCCCGUUAGGCUUGAGUCUGUUAGCGUUAGCCGCCUGCAGCUGUCGUGCGCACUCGCGGGGGCAAAAUGGUGUUGUUGUUGAAUCCACUGGAGAAUCUGAAGACCUACAUAAGCAACCGUCCACCGCUGGUCAUUUUUAUGGUCAGCGUCAGCGCCGUGGCUAUCGCUUUCCUCACUAUAGGAUACUUCUUUAAGAUCAAGGAGAUCAAAUCACCAGAAAUGACUGAGGAUUGGAACACCUUCCUUCUCCGCUUCAACGAGCUUGACUUUUGCAUCUCAGAGAACGAGACCCUCAAGCACAGCUUGAAUGAGUCCAUCACACCAGAGAGCACAGUGACCAGCAGUCAGACGCGAUCCAGCACCCAGUCGCCACCCUUGCUGGAAGACCCGGGGCCGAUCAACAUCUCUGUGCCCAUCACGUUGACCCUGGAUCCUCUGAGGCCAUUUGGGGGCUACUCACGCAAUAUUACCCAUCUCUAUGCCAGUGUCCUGGGGCAGCAAGUUGGCCUUGCUAGCAGAGAGGCCCAUGAAGAGAUGAACAUCACUUUCACUCUGCCGGUAGCCUGGAACUCAGAUGAGUGCGUUCUGCAUGGUCGUUGUGAGCAGAUGGUCUUCAGUACCUGUAUGACCAUCACAGCAGCCAGUAAUGUCUUCCCAGUCACAGUGCAGCCGCCUCACUGUGUCCCAGAGACCUACAGCAAUGCCACGUCCUGGUACAAGAUUUUCACCACAGCACGAGAUUCGGACACUAAGUACACACAGGAGUACAACCCCUUUUGGUGUUACAAAGGUGCCAUUGGGAAGGUGUAUCACACACUGAAUCCCAAGCUCACUGUCAUCGUUCCAGAUGACGAUCGCUCUCUCAUUAACCUGCACCUCAUGCACACCAGCUACUUCCUGUUUGUGAUGGUCAUCACAAUGUUCUGCUAUGCAGUCAUCAAGGGCAGACCAGGCAAAGUUCGACAGAACAACCCAGAUUUCUGUCCAGAAAAGGUGGCCUUGUCUGCGGGAUAAGUGGGGUCGAAGGUGAACAUCUGAACCGAAGCAUAUCGGAAAGGGAAGUGAGAAAACUACAUGUUGCCUACUGAACCCAGGAGAAGGGUGCAAAAAAAAAAAAAAAGCUCUGUGAAUGCAUUACUCUGCAAUGUUGGGUCACUCCAACCAAAGACUUUUAAGUGCCUGUAUCUACUGUGUAAAUAAUGAUAGGACUCUUAAAUUCAGUACAGAAGCAGUCUGCCUGAGCUUCCCCCUGCACCCUGUGCCAUCCUGUAAAUGUUCAGUAUAUCCAGCUAUCAACAGAGGACGGUGUUUGACUAGAGAUGUUCGAACGGGGAAUAUCACCUCCGCUAAAUCUGAUCCCUUUUCACGCUCGCUCUUUGUGUUCUCGAUCAGAUCACUUCCCGUGAUUUCUCCGCCUUGUCAUUCCUCUUGUGUCUUUGUCUUAACAGACCCUUUCAUAUGCGUCCAUUGCAGUUCCGCAGUGGCGUUUCUUUUGAUUCCUCUUUGUGUGGAUCUCUGCCACGUACCAUGAUCAACCUGCUGAUCAUGAUCUUUGGACGAGUUCCACUAGAAAUAACCGCAGGCUUCUAUAUGACAUGCUUAUCAUCAGAAUUAUAGAAUGUGUCUACGAGAUGCCCGAGUGGAAGUUGACACAGCGUUUGAUUUAAAUCUGCUUAAAAGCAAAUAAAACCAUCAUACUCAGAAUGUCACCAUGUUGUUGGAUCAAUGGGUUUUUGUGUUGAAAUCUGAAUGGCUUGGGUUUUCUGAACACUUCAAAUGAAUGUAUUUGUAAAAUCAGCAAAUUAACAGCAAGUGAUGCAGCAUCGAUCUCUUGUACAUUUAACGUUGUAGUUUAAAAAAAUGUAAAUCAUUCUUGUAGAUAUUUUUUUUUUUUUUUUGUAAUCACAUUCUUCAUUUCGUUUUCCUGUUUUGUUUUUUACAAAACUAUUUCUACCUUUUUUCAACCAUCGUGUUUCUUGCCUUUGUAUCCUUUUGUUCCAUGCCUCAUUUGAUACUUAAGCGAUGCCUCCGUUUCGUUUUAAUCUUAGUGCAAUAUGCGACCUGUCUUUUUGCCUUCCAAACCAUUCGUUAGGAUUCAUUUCCAGCGCAUAUCGAGCAUCAUAUCGCAUAUUCUGUCUAGUUCAAGCUUCUGUUUGGUUUUGCAUUGCAUCUUUGUCCUCUCCACCUACAAAGUUUCACCGCUCUUUAUGAACAAACCCAUUUUCCCAUCAUGCCUUGCUUAAUUACAGCCCUCUCAAGCUGCGUCAGUCACGGUUCAUCAGCACUUCUUUUCUUUAGCCCAUAAUAAACAAGCGUCCAACCACUAAUGUGCCUUUGCACUGUCUCACCCAUGUUCACCACCUUGUCUUUUAUAUUUCGGUUCAAAAUGCUGAGUUGAAAUAAAUGCGUACGUACCGCUCACACUGACUUCCUCCCCAUUUCAUAUCCAAUUCCGAGUCAAAACUGCAGUAAUGGUUGUGGAAAAACUGAAAUUCACUUGUGCUUUUUCUGUUGAUGUAUAAGAGCGAACACUUGUUUUGCUCGCUAAUGUCCAUCCUACAAUAACUAGCCGGCUAGAUUUUCAAGUUAGAGGAAAAUGCUAAAUGAUUACAUGCUUUGAAACCUCUUUGAAUAGCAAUAUCUUGCAUUUGAGGUGUUUAUUUGUGCAUUCGACUGAUGCGUUUGCUUUUUUUCUGAGACGUUUGCUCACGUCUAGUUUCUUUUUGGGAUUGUGAGAUGAGCCUUUCUGAUAGCGAGAGCAUUCUGCUUCAUAAUGCAUCAUUUCUGCGCUCAUUUAAAGUUGGUCUUUCAGUGCUGCUGGAGGACAAUGGAAAAUGACGACAAAUUCCACGGAUGCUGCCUGAUGCUCAGAUCAUAUUGAUCUUCCCCCCUCGUCCUUCCUUUGGGCUCGUAGCAUUUGGGUGAAGUGUAUUUGUAAGUGGUAGAAGGUCCUUUCCUUGUCUGAACUCGUGGCGCAAACUCUCGCCGGUUCCGGGUCGCGAGCCCUUUGACUCGUCCUGAUGCAUGAUUGUAAAUGUUCUACCUGCUGACCUGUUUGUAUGAGGACAAUCCCUCUGUUUUUGUUCUGUUUGUAAGAUAUUGUAGGCACAUGCUUUGCUGAAUAAAAUCGGAGAUAACACUGA